GAACCUGAGCAGCGGGAUGCAGCUGACCCACAGCUUACGACCCACGUUGCACCUUCCAACGGUCUUCGAGACCGUCCCCGCCCAAUGCAGGCGCUAGGCCACUCUCAGUAAAGCGUCGAGCUCUGCCUUCAGCCCGGCCCAGGGCUUGUUUGUUAAGGCGGAACUGAUGCCUACCAUUUUUAUCCCUUCGAGACUUUCAACUACCUAUUAUUUUCGUUCCCUCUCCAUACGGCUUGACUGCAGCUCAAAUAUGUGGGCCAAUGGGGCUUCGCCUAGCCGAGCCGAGGGGGAGGGUCUUGGUCCCCAUGCGGAGACGGACUGCCGCUGCAAAAACGAAUCGCGCGGUUUUUGGGUCGCCGUGGAAAACACAAAGCGCACCAUCAUGCGAGCGCGAAGGGCUGCAGCUGCCAAAGGAACGAGGAGGCAAACGCGGUGGGAAAGGCGGAGCAAGAAGUCGAAGGUUCUGGCCCGGGGUUCGGCAGGAACGCAGGACAGUACCGUAGUGUUAUGUUUAACAAUCUGCGGCCUCGCCCUUCCCUUGAUGGUUUCGUCGGCCGCGUUAUGUGCCCCACUUCUCCAAGGUGCAACUGAUCUUAAUUACUUUCCCCCAAAAAUCUACCUUAGCUUAUUAUGCAAGAGACUCUCUCAUCGGCGCUGCCCGCAGCCUUCAUGGACGUCCGAAAGCUGCAAACCCAGCUCCAGCGCCGUUUGCGCUAGCUCCUCAGUACACGCGCCCCAAUUCGCCUCGCGCAGCCGCGCACGAUGGCCUUGUGAUGCAUUUCAGCAGAAGCAGCACCGUUGGACCCCAACCACUACUACCGCUACGGCUACAGAGUUCGACCUCCCGACCACCAUGUUGUGCCUGCGGGCCCGCCGAACUGCCUGUUGUUGAUGCGCGACGAAGAAACCGCUCCGAUUCUGGUUGGCGGGCGAGCAAGCCGCCGCCUCCGUCUCCGCCUCCGCGCAGGGUCUCGGAGAGCUAGCAGAAGCUGAUCGAGCUUGCUGAGCAUCAGCCUAGGGCUGCUUGUUCUCCGUUUGCCCCAGGGCGGCACCGGCCUCCGACCAGCCUGCUGCUGUCGCUGUGCCGUACCCGUACCGUGCCGCCGUGCCACGCUGCGC